AUGUCAGCCGAAAAAGUUGAACUUGGCGUUAGUCACCGAACUGAUGCCUCAGUUAGCCAAACUGGCAAUAAUGCUCAACCUGAGAUUGUUCGCCCUGCUGAAGCAGGUUCGUCUAGCAGCCAACCUGGCGAAACCCUAGCGAAAACGCUUUCAGAUAUUAACGUAAAUAUGGGCACAAUGGCCUCUUUAUUACAAACGAUUGUGGCACGCCAAGAUUCAAAGCCGCAAAAGAAACGGCGCCAUAGCCCCCACGAUCUUUCGAGCGCUGACUCCGAGUCUGAAGACAACGACCACGAGGCGUCUGGUAAACGAAGGCGCGAGGAAGACGAAUUAAGUAUCUCGCCCUCGGAUGAAGACAUAAAUGAAUUCCUUGAGGAAUCGAACCCCAAAGAGGCCGAAGUCACAGCUAAAACAACUGAGCCCAAAGAAGUCGAGCUUCUCAAAUCUCUAGAGGCUGACUUCACUGACGAUGAACUUGUCGGCGCUAAAAUAAACCAACGCUUGGCUAACAUAGCGUCCAAACGGUGGGGCAUUACCCUUCCCAACGACAAACUCAAAGCACUGCUGGCUAAACACGCUAAACCGGAAAAUUGUCCCGACAUAACCACGGUAAGAGUCAACCCAGAAAUUUGGGAUCAAAUGAAAAAUUUUAAGCGCAAAGCCGACCUGAGAGUCAGCAACAUACAACAAGCCUUUCAGAAAGCCACUUUCGGAAUUCUAAAAGUAUGCGAUAAAUUAGUGGAUCAGCAACCGAGCACAGACAAGGAAACACUGGCCUCUAACAUCGACGCCAUUGUCCUAUUAGGACACGCUGUCGGGGAGCUUUCCCGCUUACGCCGAGAGCAGAUUAAACCGGCCCUUAAAGCCGAAUUUCAUUGGCUUGGCUCCCAGGCAAAUGAGUCGACCAGUCGUUCCGACCUGCUUUUUGGGGCCGACCUAGCAGACUAA